CACAGCAAAACAUCAUAGGUCCUAUACAAGGGAACGUCGGGUUGCACAAAGCUCACUGAUAAAUACUCGCUCCCGACAUCUCUCAGCCAUCAACCACUGACCCUAAUGAAUUCUGACGCGGGGCGGGGCAGGGAAGGCGCGACACGUGCUAGCGUGUUGUGUUGGCCCGUGCCCGUAAACACAAGGAAGGCACAGUGUGGAGCGCACUCACCCAUCAGACGGUCAUCUCGACACUCACUAGCUUACAGAAGACGCGACAAUGGCUCCAGGAGCAUCGCGACAGUCGACACGUACAACGCGCCGCAAAGCGCCUGUCGUAGACGACUCCGACAACGAGAACAUCACACCUACUCCAGAGGUCAGCGACGAUGAGGAAGAGGAGUUCACACCGGCACCAGCGCCACUCAAGACUGGACGAGGGCGCGGGCGCCCGAGGAAGAGCGUCGCACCUGAAGCUGAGGCUCCCACUCCAGCAAAGAACACAGAGACGGCAGCGCCAAAACGACGAGGACGACCAAAGCGCACAACUGAAGUUGUUGAGGACCCCACACAAACAGAGACACCGCCAGAGAGCAGUCCACGAUCGACUGUUCCUGUGAGAGCUGCCCCUAAGAAGCGCGGGCGGAAGCCAAAGGUCUCAGUUGAGAAGCACAAUGCAGAUGAAGUAGUAUCCGAGUACGAGGAAAAGGAAGUCUCCGUGACGCCUGCCCCCGAAGUCGAACCUAGCGAAGCCGGAGACCGUACACCAAGAGCCGCGCAAACUCCAGUAGUGGAGGAGGAGACACCCGUGGUCAGCACAGCCAUAAAACGACAGAGGGUCGAAGUGAGGGUCAAGCCUGAGCCCACUGAAGACAACACCAUCCAGAGCACGGUGGAGGAGGAGACGAUCGUUGCUGAACCUAAAUCUGAACCUGAACCCGCCGCCGAGCCCACUGUGCCGGACACGACAUUGAAGCCCUCAGAGACUCCCGAUGCGACCGCACCGUCACAGCCGCCGCCGACGCCGAAAGUGGUCGAGAAGAUCAACGCGAACCACACAGUGUUGGAGAGGCCAAUGGACAUCGUGGCGAAGAGGCGAGCAGCUGGAGUACCUAUCUCGCAGGAGCCUGCACCACCAAAGCAGCGCACAGUUAUCACAUGGUUGGUGCUGAUCAACUUCAAGAGUUACGCCGGGAGACAGGAAGUUGGUCCUUUCCACUCGUCUUUUUCGUCUGUCGUUGGACCCAACGGAUCAGGCAAGUCGAACGUCAUCGACUCGUUGUUGUUCGUCUUCGGUUUCCGUGCCAGCAAGAUGCGUCAAGGCAAGAUCUCGGCGCUUAUCCACAACUCGGCUCAACACCCGGAUCUCGACUACUGUGAAGUCGAGGUCCACUUCCAGGAGGUUAUGGACACCCCCAGUGGCGCUGAGGUUAUUCCAGACUCGCAACUAGUCAUCUCUCGCCGGGCGUUCAAGAAUAAUUCCAGCAAAUACUACAUGAACAAGAGAGAAUCCAGCUUCACCGAUGUCACAAAGUACCUGAAGGGCAAGGGCGUAGAUCUGGACCACAAGCGUUUCUUGAUCUUGCAGGGUGAGGUCGAAUCCAUCGCGCAGAUGAAGCCGAAAGCCAUGACCGAGCACGACGACGGCCUUCUUGAGUAUCUGGAGGACAUCAUCGGCACAUCGAAGUACAAGACCCCGAUUGAGGAGUCUGCUGCUGAGGUCGAGACGCUCAAUGAAACGUGCAUGGAAAAGAACACCCGUGUUCAGCACGUUGAGAAAGAGAGAGGCGCGCUUGAGGAGAAGAAGAACAAGGCUCUUGCCUAUAUCCAGGACGAGAACGAGCUUGCCAUGAAGCAGUCUACGCUCUAUCAGCUCUACAUCUCCGAUUUCGACGACCACAUCGAGGUUACGCAAGAGUCGGUCGGCCAGAUACAGGCACAGCUCGAUGGAGAACUGCAAAAGCACCAAGGCAGCGAAGAGGGCAUUAAGGAGCUUGAGCGACAGUACAAGAAGGGCGUCAAGGCCUACGAGCAACUCGAGAAGCGACACCAGGGGUUUCAGAAGGAGGUUGGACGCAUCGACAAAGAAGCGGUCAAAUUCGAGGAGAAGAGGAAGUUCUUGGCUGGCAAACAGAAAAAACUCGAGAAGACUAAGGAGACAAGCACCUACAGCCGCUCCGAGGCGGAGACUCUGGCGAAGCAGUAUGCUGCUGACCUGGAGCGAUAUGCUGAGGAGAUGGAAGAGCUUGAGGCGAACAUGAAGGUCGAGGAGAAGGAGCUUGAGCGCGUUCGUGUCGCUCUUGCUGGCAAGACACAAGGUCUGUCCGACGAGAUCGCAGCGAAACAGAAGUCUCUGGAGCCCUGGAGUGCGAAGAUCAACGAGAAGCAGUCCGCCAUGGCCGUUGCGCAGAGCGAACUCGACAUCAUCCGCGAACGCGAGAACGCCGGCGCCAAGGGCAUCGCAGACGUCGAGGCUAAGAUUGAAGCGCUGCAAGAAUCGAAAGAGAGCAAGGCAGCCCAGCUCCAGGAGUGCAAACUCGAGAAGAAGCAAAUUGCGAAGGAGCUGCAGAGUCUUCAAGCCCAGAUCGAGGGCCUGACACAGAAGGAGGCGCCUCUACGAUCUAAGCUGUCGGGAGCACGCGCAAAGGCUGAUGAGGCCCGCUCGAACUUCUCUGCGAACCAAACACAAGGCAACGUGCUGACAGGACUCAUGCGUCUGAAGGAGUCUGGUCGUAUUGACGGAUUCCAUGGCCGACUGGGCAACCUAGGCACCAUCAACCAGAAGUACGAUGUCGCGAUCUCGACCGCUUGCCCACAACUGGACAAUAUGGUCGUGGAUACAGUUGAGUCUGGUCAGCAGUGCAUCGAGCAUCUUCGUAAGAACAACCUGGGCCGCGCCAACUUCAUCCUCCUGGACCGUCUCGCCAAGCGUGACAUGUCCACUGUCGACACACCAGAGAAUGUCCCUCGACUGUUCGAUCUUGUUAAGCCAAAGCAUGAUGCUCUGAGGCCGGCGUUCUUCCAUGUCCUCCAGAAUACUCUGGUUGCUGAUGACCUUGAUCAGGCCGAGCGUAUUGCAUAUGGCGCAAAGAGAUGGCGCGUCGUCACCCUUGAUGGCAAGCUUAUCGACACUGCCGGUACGAUGAGUGGUGGUGGCAGCCGCGUGGUAAAGGGCAAGAUGUCGUCGAAGCUCGCCUCUGACGUCUCGCGUGAUCAGGUAUCGAAGCUUGAACAGGACCGAGACGCACUUGAGCAACUCUUCACCGAGUUCCAGCAGGAUCAGCAACAGCUUGAGAGCACACUACGAAGUCUUAGUCAGCAACUGCCGGAGCUUGACACCAAGGCUCAGAAGCUUGUGCUUGAGCUGGAAAGCUUCGACCGCAACAUUGUCGACUGCCAGCGUCGCAUCAAGGAGCUGGGUGCUGAGAAGGCUGUGACUAAGACCGACAAGGGCCGUGUAUCAUCGUUAGAGAAGAGCAUUGCCUCUAUGGAGAAGGAUAUCUCCAGGCUGCAUGCUGAGACCGAGGGCGUGGAGGCCGAGAUCAAAGCACUGCAAGACAAGAUCAUGGAGAUUGGUGGUGUCAAGCUCCGCCUCCAGAAGGCCAAGGUUGAUGAUCUGAAACAGCAGAUCGAUACUCUCACAGAGCAAGCUUCAAACGCCGAAGUCUGCAAGUCCAAGGAGGAGAAGAACCGCAUCAAGCACGAGAAGUCGUAUAAUGAUGCGGCUCGCGAUCUCGAGAAGCUCGCAGCCGACCUGGAAAAGGUCGAAGAGGAUAUGGAGUCUCAUCAGCGUGAUGCGUCGGAAGUCCGUCAACAAGCUGAGGAAGCUCAGGAGGUACGCAGAACUAUCUCUGAUUCGUCUGCCACGAUGCUAACUGGCUAUUCAGUCCCUCGAGGCUACUAAGGAGGACAUCCAAGCUGUCAAGAAGGAGCUUGAUGAGAAGACUGCAGAAGUCAACGAAAUGCGCGCCGUCGAAAUCGAAAUGCG